CUGGAAGAUGCUGUUGAGAGUGAAUGUUUAAUGAUGGAGACCCACCUGUUGCGGUUCGUGGAGCGGGUCCGGUGUCUGUCCGACAGUGAUAGCAGAGCAGAUCAACUCAUCUCUUCCGAGUUCAACGCCACCACACUCCCCAUCUCCGAGCACCACUCCUGAAAUGAGGGUGCUCCAGCCGAAUUACAACCCCUUAAAAUAAUGUGUCUGGCGAUCAUGGCGCUGGUAAGGACCCAACUCUUUAUGUGUCUAUUCUCAACAUCGAUGACCGCCCCAUUGCAAAGAAUACAGAGACUGGGGCAAAAUGAAACCUGAGUGCCCAAUACAUCACACACAAGACUCUGAACCUUCAACCAAAACCCCUGGAUCUUAACACAGCCCCAAAAGACAUGGGUUAUGUCUUCAUCCUCUGAGUGGCAUCACCAGCAGUUGGUACGACAGAAAAGUUUAUUAAUGAAAGAUGAUUAUGGACUGACCACUGAGGCAGGAGGAAUCAAAGAAAAUGUGAAGAAAAACCGCUAUAGGGAUAUUCUGCCCUAUGAUCAAACCAGAGUCUGUCUGACUCCAACCACAUCUGAAUAUGAGUCUGAUUAUAUCAAUGCCAGCUUCAUCAAGGGUGCCACAGGGAACAGAACGUACAUCGCCACUCAAGGCCCUCUAAACAACACUGUGGUUGACUUCUGGCAUAUGAUUUGGCAAUACAAUGUUAAGGUCAUAAUCAUGGCAUGUAGAGAAAUCGAGAUGGGAAAGAAAAAAUGUGAGGUCUACUGGGCACCAACCACAGAAGCGAUCACUUUUGGUCCUUUUACUAUUUCAACUUUUAAGGAGUCUCGACCGAAUGAGGAAAUCGUUGUUCGGAUGUUGGUGUUAAAAUAUUGUGAUGAAACUCGCAAUGUAUCUCAUUUCCAGUACACGUCCUGGCCGGAUCACGGUAUUCCAAACAUGCCGGAUGGCAUUUUGGGCAUGAUGGAGUUGACACGGCAAAAUCAGGGCAACAAGAAGGACCCUAUAGUAAUCCAUUGCAGCGCUGGCUGCGGAAGAACAGGGGUGAUCUGUGCCAUUGACUAUGUCAACGAUCUACUGCUUGCACAGCAAAUAAAUAAAGAUUUUAAUGUCUUGGACCUGGUGUUAGAGCUUAGAAGACAGAGACCGUCAGCUGUGCAGACCAAGGAGCAGUAUGGAUUUGUCUAUCAGACGGUUGCUCAGAUGUUUCAAAAGGUCUUGCAAUCUCAGCAAAAUAAUACCGAGUCUUCAGGCUCUUUGUACAUCAAUGCGCUCCCGUCAAAGCCAACGCUGAAAUCAGGAUCGUUAAGCAGCAUCAGCGCACCUCCAAAAACAAGAAAUCCCCUUCUCAGGCCUCGGCUUUCUCAUCCUCUUCCCCAGAUCAGGAUGAACGACACUUAUGCCGUCGUCAACAAACCCAAACUACAGCCGCCCACCUCGGCCCCCCCUUCAUUCACCGUCCAUCACUAUGACAAUGCUAAUUUAGAGAAAACCAACAACAAUGCUCUUUACAGCACAGUCAAACCUAAAAACAGACCUGUAACAUUCAUGCCCCAUACAACCACACCUGUGAAUGAAGGAGCAACAGCCAAUCAGACAGGAGGGGUGGGGCCUAAAAGGACAGUCCAUGAAGGUUAUGAGAUAUUGCCAGCUGAAAAGCUUGCAAGCCAGUCCUUAAUAGAUGAUGAUUAUGAAUAUGUGUCGAACCCAAUCAAGGACACCAGCAGCCCGUUUGCCCCUGGCAGUCUGGGUUUCAACUGCCGUGUAAAGAAACCCAAAGGUCCUCGAGAUCCACCGACCGAAUGGAGCCGCACAGAAAGAUGAAACAGCGAUGGCUUUUAAGGUUUAAAUAAUCAGAGCUAGCUAGCUUUUCCCAAUCACUGCAAGAUCCUUUAGAAAUGCAGCUAUUUUUCACUGGUUAUUAAAUUAGUUUAUUUAUUUUCUUUGUACUGGGUUUUUAAUAUCCUGUCUGUCGAGUAGUGAUUUUGUUAAUAGAAUUGUUUUAUUUACAGUAGGAAUUUAUAAUCGAUUUAUUUUAUCAUAGCGUAUAUUUCUUGAUUUUUGCAAUGCAAAUAAUUAAAAAUUGACGAUGCAAGUGUGAAUUCUCGUGUGAGAAUACAGUACUUGUGUUAAUUAAAUGAUUCCAUUUUUUUAAUAAUUGUAUUGUUUGUUCAGAAAUACUUUCUGGACAACAAAUAGAUGUUACUGAAGUCUAAAUGUAGACAGUUAGGUGUUCAAUUUCAUUGAUCUCAUUGGUUUUCAUUUCUUCUAGAUUUAUUUUAUUAUACAUACUCAUGAUAUGACCCCUUUAAAUCACAAGCUUAUGUGUUAAUGAGAUUAAUGUAGUGUGUCUUGUUGUUGUGAUAUAAUGUUAUUUUCAUUAGAGGGCAGUGUUGAGGUGUAAUUUCCCGGCUUGGACGGGACAUAUGACUCAGCUCGGGUCAUUCUAAUAAAGUUAUUUAGAGACGAUGUAAUGUGUAUGAAUAU